AACACCACACAAACGCCAUACUUCUGUUACGGGCAUUUUCGUGCGAAGUUUUAUAAAUUUACGAAAUAAUUGUGAAAAACGCGAAAAGAACAUGUAAGCGCGACGAAAACAAAUAACCAAACUAACCAGCUAAAUGGUGUCACCACGUGCAAUAUUGCGGCAACGUAAAAUACAUUAAAACUGACGCCAAAAACGUUUUUCUGGGAAAAAGCGAUGUGAUAGGGACAGAGAGAACGCAAAAAAAAAAAUUAAGUGUGGUGGAAAUUGAGAUUUACGCAUUCUGCUGUAUCAGCUGCGGCGUUGUCACGGUGUGGCGUGGUGUGGCGCGACGAGAAACGCAAACAAAACAAAAAUCCAAAACCAAACUAUGAAAUUCGGAUAGAAUUUCCGAUCAGCAGCAGCCACACACACGAAAUGGAUAAGCGAUUUAAAUGGCCACUCAACCAGAAGGCCAACUACUCGGAUCCACCCUACCAUCAUCAGUCGCGUAGCGGCGUCGGUGGCGGCGGUGGUGGAGGUGGCGGUGGCGGUGGGGGCGGUGAUAGAGACUACUACUACAAAAAACAUCCGCACUCGCACAAGAAUUACUCACGCCCUCAACAUGGCUAUCAAAGCUAUCAAAAGCCCAACACGGGGAGCAGCUACUACAAGCCACCACCGCCACAGACAUCAACAGAAGCAUCUCUGCCCAGGGGUGCAGGCGGCGCCAUGGCGCCGCCCGCCUCGGGCAAUUCCUCGGGCUCCGAUGUGGUCACCCUCAUCGUGGAGAACAACAAUCUGAAGCGUAUGAUUGUGCUUCAUCUGAAUCUGAUGCAGGAGCAGACGGACAGCCUGGCGGCCAAGGAGAAGGAACUGGACGAUCAAACGGACAAGCUGAACACCGUACUCUCGCAGAACCAAGACCUGAAGAUGGUCAAUGUACAUCUGGAGGCCACAAUCGAGGAGCUGCGCAAGCAGCUAAGAAGAAAGAACAAGAGGGGUGGCCCCCACGACGACGACAACAAUGACGAUGACGAUCAUCCACUGCCACCUGCCAUGCAGGAGAAAAUUGUGUGCAAUGCGGAGACACAAACGGAGUUGGCUCCGGUGCAUCAUCUGCCACAGGCGGAGCAGCCUUAUCAUUAUCAACAGCACGCUGAAAGGCAGCCGCGUAGGCCCCGCCUGAGAGUGCAGCAGCAGCUGCAGCAGCCCACUAUAAUAAGAGUGGAGCAGCAGCAGCAGUCUUCUCUUAUGAAGCAGGAGCACCAGCAGCAGCAGCAGCCGCCUCUUAUGAGAGUGGAGCCGCAGCAGCCAACUCAAACGAUUGAGGAGCGACAGCCACGUCUUGUCUUGAGACAGGAGCCGCAGCCGCAGCCGCAGCAGCGUCUUAUGAGAGAGGAGCCACAGACCCGGCUUGUGAGGGAGGAACUGCAGACCAGGCUUGUAAAGGAUCUGCAGCAGCAACAGCAGCAGUCUAGACUUGCAAGAGUGCAGCAGCAGCAGUCCAGUCUGAUAAGGGAGCAGCAGCAGCAGUCCAGUCUGAUAAGGGAGCAGCAGCAGCCCAGACUUAUAAGACAGGAGCAACAGCAGCAGCAGCCUGUGCCCGUGAGGGUGGAACAGCGGCAGGAGCAGCCCAGGCCAAUGAGGGAGGAACAGCAGCAGCAGGAGGAGGAAAAUCAACCGCCACAGCAUCGUCAGCAGCAGCAUUCAUCAGUCCAUCCUCAGUCGCAGCACAAAAGCUCCUCCAAAGCUACGCUGGUCCCCUCCGUUACAAAUCUGCUGCCGUCGCUGCCAGUCAGCAGUCCCGCGCCCGUCGAGAGCAAAUCGAGAGGGGAAUACAACGGCAAGAAGGUUAGCACCAUAUUCCUGCAUCGGGUUAACCAGGACUCUAGCCUCACAUCCCCUGCACAGAAGCAGCCGGAGGUGGAAAAACCUUUGCCGGAGGCGGAAGAGCAGCAGCAGCAGCAGGUAAUCGAAUUGGAGGAGCAGCAGCAGGUGAUCGAAACGCACGAGGAAAUGGACCUGCAGCAGGAAGAGGAACUGGAGCAGGUGAUCGAAACGGAGGUGGAGGAGAUGGACGUGCAGCAGGUUAUCGAACCGGAGCAGCAGAUCAUCGAAACGGAGGAGGUAGCAAUGGAUCAACUGGACCAAAUGGAAGAGGUUGUUAUUGCCGAAGAGGACAACAUUUUCCCUGAUGCCCUGCAGCAGCUGGAUGAAAUGAUAAUUCUUGCCGCCGAGGAGGAGAUGUGUGUGGAAACGGUAGAGGAGAUUGUACAGACCACAGUAUACAAUGGCCAUUCAGAGGAUCGAGAUAGCGAUCAGCAGGAGGAGGAUGAUGAUGAUGAAGACGACGACGAUGACGAUGAAGAUGAAGACAGCGACGAUGAGAGCGAAAGCGGGAGUGAAGGGAGCGAGGAUAGCGAGCACAAUGAAGAAGAGGAGGAGCGAGAGCUGCCCUCAAAAACAAGUGUUAACAAUUUAGAUGCCUUGCGUCCCCAUGAAGGCGGCGACAGUCUCUGGCAGACGGUCAAUCAUCAGAUACACGCCAUGGAUAGUCCGGAUCAUAAGAGCAUAGCACCAUCAGCCCAUUCGACACCGAAUCAUCAGCAGAAAACUCAUCUUUAUUUACACAAGGAGCCUACAGAGACGCUUCAGGUGCUGGAAGUGGAAGAGGAGGAGGAGGACAGCCAGCAGCCGAAGCUCGUCAUUGCCGAACCCUUGGAAAUGGAUGCUGUAGAAGUGCAGACGGUCGAAUUGGAGACCUUGGAAGUGGAAUUAGAGACUGUGGAACUAGAGACAGGAGUGGACAUGGAGACAGUGGAAGUACAGACUGUGGAAGUGCAUACGGAGGAGACCGUUGUAGACGCUGGAAUAGAAAUUGAAAUCAAAACAGAGGAGGUCACAACCACGACAAUCAGCAAGCAUAUGCUGCCCAACGCAUGUGCUACCAAUCCUCCAGCUUCUACUCAUGCACCCGCUUCUGUUGCUGUUGCUCCUAACGCUUUCGCUCCUGUUAUUACUCCUACGCUGCCCAAGGCAGACUCCGCUCUAGUGGAAGCUAAACACAAGACCAACUCAGCUCUCGUUGGAGCUCCAACCAAGGAAGAGUCAAUUGUAUCUCCAGCUCCAGUCAAGGAGGAGUUGGCUGUAAUUGUACCCAAGGAAAAGUUCACUGUGGUAGCAACUGUACAUAAGGAAAAGUCCUCUGAGGCAGCAGCUCCAGCUAAGGAAAUGUAUGUUGCAGCUGUGGCUGCACCCACGGAAAAGCCCUCUGUCGUAGCAACUUCAUCCAAGGAAAAGUCCACAGAUGAAGCGACUGUACCCAGGAAAAAGUCCACUGUCGAAGCGACUGUACCCAGGAAAAAGUCCAAUGCUGAAGUAGCGACUGUACCGAGGAAAAAGUCCUCUGUUGAAGCAUCGACUGUACCUAGGAAGAAGUCUUCUAUUGAAGCGAUUGCAUCCAAGGAAAAGCCCACUGUAGAAGCAUCGACUGUACCCAGGAAGAAGUCUUCUAUUGAAGCGAUUGUAACCAAGGAAAAGUCCUCUGUUGAAGCUGCGACUGUACCUAGGAAAAAGUCUUCUAUUGAAGCGACUGUAACCAAGGAAAAGUCCACUGUAGAAGCAUCGACUGUACCUAGGAAGAAGUCAUCUACUGAAGCGAUUGUACCCAAGGAAAAGUCGGUUUCUGUAGAAGCUCUGACCAUGGAAAAGUCUAGUGAUGCAUCGGCUCUAUCAAAGGAGAAAUCGGCUGUUGCCGAGCAAAAGGAAAAGCCUGAUACUGCUGCAGCAGCGUCCAAGGAAAAGCCUGCUGUUAUAGAAGCUCCACAGAAGGCAAAUUCCACUGUCGAAGCGAUUUCGAGCAAGGAAAAGCCCGAAACGGCCAAGGAGAAGUCGAUUGUUGCAGAAGCUCCGCCAACCAAGGCAAACUCUGCGGUUGCUGCCGAUCCUCCAACAAAGCCAAACUCCACGGUCGUGGCAGUUCCAACAAAGGAAAAGGCCGCUGUUGGGGAUGAUGCUCUACCCAAGGCAAACUCUUCUCUGGUUGCAGCUGUCCCUAAGGAAAAGUCUACUGCUGUUGUAGCAGCUCCAGCCAAGGAAAAGUCUGCUACCAGGGAAAAAUCUGCUGUCGUAGAAGAACCGCAAAAGGCAAACUCGUCUGGCGUAGCGCCCACCACAAAAGCAAUAGACACCAAGCAGAAGCGCACCAAACUUAGGGAAGAGCCAUUCGAAAAGAAGCUGGAAAGAGCAAAGGAGGCGACGAACGUGAUUCUCAAGGCGGUGGCUGGGCAUUCAGCUCGCGUUGGAGUUGGAAGUCAUGCCAAGGCAAACUCCACUGCGGUGACGGCUUUUCACAAGGAAAAGUCCACUAUUGUGGCUGCGGGUACGCUUUGUCUGCCCAAGACAAAGACCCAGGCUGUUGUGCCAGCAACAGCUCAAUCCAAGGAGAAGUCUGUUGUGGCAGCGGCAGCUGUACCAAAGGAAAAAUCCCUGCAAAAGGAAAGGUCCCUCAUGGAAGCUACGCAGAAGUCAAACUCUGCUGUCGUGGCUCCCUCAAAGAAAGCAGCAACAGCAGUUACGAAUCCUACCGCUCCAGUUGGGGCAGCUGUGCCCAAAGCCAACGCUGCUGUUGUGGCUUCCCCCACAAAAGCUGCAGCUCCUGCACCAAUGGCAGCUCUACCCAAGGCCAAGGCUUCCGAGCCAGAAGAAGAAAUAUCUAAAAAGGCAAAAAUCGAAAUCAAAACGGAAGAGAAGAAGCCCAGCAUCAGCGGGGAUGAAAAGUUAUUGAAGGCAGCGAAGAAAGUCGAAGCAGCAGAGGAUCUACCAGCUCGAUUCGAAGCUCUAAAUAGUGUGAAAUCUACGGAGCAAGAGCUAAAAAAGAAAAGGAAGAAACGUAGUAAGAGUAAGAGCAAGAGCCCUUCAAAGAGCGAAACCUCACAGCACGACAGGAAGAUCCAUGUUGUGGCCAAUCAUCAGUCGUCACCCAAGAAACGCCCCCACAACCUCAUAGAAGAGAUCCACGAAAAGUCCGAGAUUCCUGAAGCGGGUGCACCACCACAGAAGAAACCAAAACGCUUGCAGGUGAAGCUCAAGCAUCAUGGACUCUCCAAUGACAGGAAAUUUCAUGUCUCCUCCUCCUCAAAGACCAACAAAAAACCGCAAACGGACAAGGAGAAGGAGGUGGCCCGGUUGGAGGAGGAAAUGCGUCGCAAACUGCAGGAACAUCUGAAAAAGGAGCAGCGGCGACAGAGUCAACAGCCGCUGGUGCUGCUCAAGAAACCUCCCAAGGAUAAUAGCGCCAGUACGAGUUUAAUUUAUCCUCCGAUAGCGCAUGCAUCCACAUCAACGUCAACCACACCACCACCACCAGCGUCUGAAACGACGCCACCAGCGACGCCAUCAUCGACGCCACCGCCCACGGGCACAAAUCUGAUAGUAGAACCCCCCGCAGAGACGCCAACCAAGACAGAGGAUAAGGAUACAUCGGCCACAAUAAUUGCGGCACCCCUGACCCCUCAGUCGAUGAGCAGCAACAGCAGCAGCAGCACCACUUCCAGCACCAGCACUAGCACAUCCCGAACGAUAAUCCAGAACUAUGCUCACAAAUCCACUUCCAGAUAUCGCACUGUCCUGUUUCCGUAUACGACACGCUCCUGGGAGGAUCAGGAGUUCCAUCGCGAUAACGAGUUCUUCGAUGAGGAGGCCGACGAACUGCUGUCGGAUCAUCCGAGUCUGGAGAUACCCAAAUGGCGGGAUGCACCUAUACCGCCCAGUGCCGACAACAAGGACAUCGAGAGCUUGACGGACGAGGACUUUGUGAAGCGUCACGAAAAGUAUGUAAAGGACGAGAUCGAAAGGAAGCGCCGCGAUGCGCGCUACAUGCGGGAGCAGAUGAAGAGCGAAGCCUUGCGGCAGCGGCACAAUCAGGAUGAGGUGUUGGUCCAACUGGAUCCGCUGCCCACGUCCACGUUUUACCCGCUGCCCGAGGACAUUGAAGGCGUACAGAUUGUCACGGAAAUCCCUGUGCAAGCCUUUGGCGAGAAUGUGGUCAACAUGGAGGCGAGAUCGGAUUUCAGUCUGCCAUGGCUGGACUCGGUCAAAGCGCUGACGGCCAUUGCCCGGGCGAAGGCUGAGGCAGUGCCGGUGGCCACGUUAACCAGCAAAAAGAUACCCCUCACUGCAGCGGAAUCCAGGAGUCAGGUGAUGAAUUCCUCGUAUGUCCUACUCAAGCGGCGCAAGCGACAGAGAAAACGUUAGCCGGCCUUCGGGAACUGAGUUGUAGCUGUAGCUGUGGCGUGCCAAAGGUGGAUCAUGGUGGCUUCAUGACCCAAUGACGUUGCCUAUGUAAAACACAUUAAUUAUUAUUAUUAUUCCUUGAAUUUUUUUUGCUAUUUUUAAAUCUUAUUUAAGCUACUGAAAAUAUUUAGGAAACGAUUAGUUUUUAGUUUCUGGCCCCUGCAAUCGAUGCCAUAUGGAACUCUAAAGAGUUUCCACGCUAGAUUGAUUGUGUGUCUGCCCUCACAACGUAAUCCUUUACAAUACAAUAUGUUAAAACUUA